AUGGGGGGCAACCAGUCCUGGGUCACAGAGUUCAUCCUGGUGGGAUUCCAGCUCAGUGCAGAGGUGGAAAUGUUCCUAUUCUGGAUCUUCUCCCUGUUCUAUAUCUUCAGUCUGUUGGCAAAUGGCAUGAUCUUUGUACUCAUCGUUCUGGACCAGAGGCUACACACCCCCAUGUACUUCUUUCUCUCACACUUGGCCAUCAUUGACAUGUCCUAUGCUUCCAACAAUGUCCCCAAGAUGCUGGCAAACUUAGUGAACCAGAAGAGAACCAUCUCCUUUGCCCCAUGCAUUGUGCAGACAUUUUUGUAUUUGGGUCUUGCUGCUACAGAAUGCCUGAUUUUGGUGGCGAUGUCCUAUGAUCGGUUUGUGGCCAUUUGCCACCCCCUCCAGUACACUGUCAUUAUGAGCUGGAGAGCUUGCACAGCCCUGGUCAUCACUUCCUGGUCAUGUGGAUUUGUCCUGGCUCUGAUCCAUGCGAUUCUCCUUGUAAGGUUGCUCUUCUGUGGGCCCCUGGAAAUAAACCACCUCUUCUGUGAGAUUCUGUCUGUCCUCAAGCUGGCUUGUGUUGAUACAUGGAUCAACAAAGUGGUUAUCUUCUCUGCUUCUGUCUUUGUCUUAGUUGGGCCCCUCUGCUUAAUGCUAGUUUCCUAUAUACGCAUCCUCUGGGCCAUCCUAAAUAUCCAGUCAAAGGAGGGACGCAAAAAGGCCUUCUCCACCUGCUCCUCCCACCUCUGUGUGGUCGGACUCUUCUUUGGCAUAGCCAUGGUGGUUUAUAUGGUCCCAGAAUCCAGUCAACGAGAGGAGAAGGAGAAAAUACUGUCCUUGUUUCACAGUCUCUUUAACCCAAUGCUGAACCCCCUCAUCUACAGCCUGAGGAACGCUCAGGUGAAGGAUGCCUUGUAUAGAGCACUGCAGAUGAGGUCCAUGUGA